AUGACUAAGUACGCUUUGAUUACGGGUGCCUCUUCGGGCAUUGGCUACCAAAUGGCUCUUGCACUCCACAAGAGGGGCUACUCAAUUAUUGGUGUUAGUCCAGAGAGGGACUUGUGGGGUAUGAAGCCUUUGCAACAGGAGAUUGGGCUCAUUCCUUUGGCCUUAGAUAUCACCAAACCAAAAGCAGUGGAAGCUGCCGCGUCGAAGGUCAGAGAAAUCACAGGCGGCCGUUUGGACAUUUUAUACAACAAUGCCGGUAUCAGCAACCUUGGAGGCCCGGCUAUCGAGUACGACGACGAUAAGUUGCGUCUUCUCUUUGACGUGAAUGUUUUGGGCCACAUGUACGUGACAAAGUACUUCAGUGACUUGGUGAUUCAGGCCAAAGGUACCAUCGUUUUCACGAGUUCUGUCGCUGCAAGAGUGCCCCUUUCUUGGGUUUCGGCCUACAAUGCCACCAAGUCAGCCAUUGACCAGUAUGCGCUCGGUUUGAGAGCCGAAAUGAAGCCCUUUGGAGUGAAGGUGCACAGUGUGAUUACCGGCGGUGUCAACACGGCCAUUUGCGACCCGUUGUCUACACCAUCUUUGCUCUCAGACCGUUACAACGUGCCGGGAGUGUACGAGAGCAUUUUGGCGUCAGCCGACAUGAGCAGAAACCCCAAAACCAGCAUCAGUGCUGAAAAAUACGCCAACCAAGUUGCCGGACAAAUCACAAAGAAGCGUGACGUUGGAUUCAACAUCUACCGCGGUUCAAGGGCGUAUCUAUUGCAUUUCUUGCGCUUCUGGUGCCCCUUGUGGUUCUGCGAAUUUUGCAUCCAGUGGCACUUUAAGCAGUACUCGGUGCUUCGUGCGAUAGCUCGGGUCGUGAAGAGACAGUCUGCCUAG